AUGCUUUUGCUAGCAAUACAAUGCGCAUUCAAAAUUGACAUAGAGACACCGUAUUCACUACUCUAUCACUCGACCGAAAAGACCGUCGCCAUCUAUUGCAAAGCGAUCACAGAUCACAAUUGUCCAACAUUUUCGUCCUCGGCAUGUGCUCCGAGUAUCAAGCAAAGGUGCUAUGAUACAUUUCCUGGAAGGCCGGUUAUACCGGUGUCGCCAUCGCCAAGCGGUCGCCUUGCAAUCGAGGUGGAACUAGCUUCGAGAAUUAUGCGUAUCCGACACCUGCGGACUGUACGAGUUGAGCUGAAGGUUUACGUGGGGUCUUUGCCUAGACAGAUGACAAAGGGCUGGACCGAUGGGGACGGGAUUGUAACGGCGGGAGAGGAGGAUAUCGCGAGUCUGUCGCUUGGUCUCUUGAAUGGCGUGUACCUUGCCCUGGAAGCGCUUAUGACAUCAGGGGAAACACUCAGAGUCUUCGCAUCGUCUUUCACCAAGUAUCUCCUAGUCAAUAUCCAGACAACAUGCAGCUCAUCGCAACUACUGCCCUGGCGGCUUCGUAAGUCGGCUCAUCUGCAGUGCCACCCAUCUCAUGGUCCAAGAUCUCCAUGCCCGUUAUCCAAACUUGAUUCAAGGCCACUUCGGCUCAGGCCCACAUACCCCGCGCUAGAUGACGCCAAAGCUGCCAAGAUGCAGGAACUCAGAAUAAUAGUUCAACGCGUCUUUUCGACUAGACGCCUGCUGCUUUUGUUCAGCGAUCUUGCACGUGGCCUCGAUUGCUUGCUCUUCACCGGUCACACAAGCGCGGGCCGGCCGCUGCAGCCUGAGGCCUCUGCUGAGAUCACUUCGCACAAUCAAGCAGCGCCACACUUGACAACCUUCCUCAAAGAUUCCAGGUCACCUGCACUGCGCCUGCACCUGACAUGCAACACACCAAACGGCGACACUUGGUCGCGCGACCCAAUUGCAGACGCAAAUCCAGACCUCACGCGCAAGCGCCUCCGCUUGAGCGAAGAAACCGAGACAUCACCACGCUCCAGCGACGACAGUAUCCUCAUCGAGGCGUUCCCUCCAGACUCGCUGGACUCGGGCGGCAGCAUCGAGAAUGCCAUCGAGCUCCCGGACGACGAACUCGCAGUCAUGGACCCUCUUAGCCAGAGCUUUGACCUUUACACCGGUGGCCAUACUCCGCUCGCGCAACUGAAGUUUCUGCAUGGCAAGAUUACUGGAACAUCGUACAUCACCGUCGCGGAGUUUGUCGGCUUGGCAGAAUGGCUGAGCGAUCUGAUCGCUGACGCCAACGGGCUGGCACCCUUGGAAACUCGACGCAAGGCCUACGUUGCAUCGCUCAAGGACAGCUAUCUCGAAGAUCAAGAAUUCUUCUCAGCCCUAGCCUGUGUCCUGUGCUCGAUUCUGGAAUGUCAGGAAGAUCUGUUUGAAGGGGCUGAUGUCGCUGCCUAUCCGGGCGACAGGCUCUGUCAUGCCGUGGCCAAGUUCAUCGCCGCCACCACCGAGCUCACCCUCCGCAUGACUCAUUUGCUACCGGAUGUCGUCGAUUCAGCCGUCUCUCGAAGAGACUCCGGACAGAUCCAUCAGUCACGCCAGACCAUCGACCUGCUGAACUAUGUCCGGCUCCUGCAUCGAUUGGUGCUGCCAGAAUUCUCGCAUGCCCUGAAGAGCUUCGACAAUCAUUUCUGGGGCGGUGCAGUCGAGAAUGCAGCCGCAAUCAAGAGGAACCUAUUACGGCACGAAGUUCGCAGGAGAAAAUCUGACGGAAGCGAGCACUUUGAGACCAUUGGAGAGCUUAACUUCCUGUUCAAGCUGCUCGACAGCUUCACACGCCACCACCGAGAGAUCACCAACACCUGGGAGACUAUCGAUUGCAUCCUUCGCAUAAGUAAGACUCUCAAUCUCCGAGGUCGAGUCGAGGAGGAGCAAAUUGUCAAGUUCAUUCACACCUUCAUUCUGCCAGUGGUUUCUGAAAAGCAUCCACGAGCUCUUCCGGAUGGAUUCCAUGAGUUAGCGAUUGAAACAGCCGAGGUAUAUCUUCACAAGCUGUUGAUAGUCGCCGAGAUCGAGUCGGCUGCUCGUAUGUAUGACCAAUUCGUGAGGGCAGACGAGGACGCGCUCCUCUCUGAGCCCAAGAGCCACGCUAUGGAUGCCAGCGGACUGCUUGCUCUCAGCAACAGCGAUAUGACCACCUUGGCGCGGCUUUUGACCACCGCGUGGUCGAUGCAGGCCUUGAAGCAGUUCAUCUACAGCGAAAUCAUGGAUAUUCGCAAUUUUGGCAUCAGCUUGCUUGGACUGCGCUUAGUAAAGCUGUACGAUGACUUCGACUGCCCGACAGGUAACCACGAUCAUCCGGUCUUGCAAUACGCGGCCAGAUACAUGCGCGCGAACGAGUUGACCAAGUACAUAUUUGGGCCAAACUCUCACGCCAGUCUAGUGACCCACAGCCAGAGGAUCAUUGGCUUUCUUGCAGCAACUUCUUCUUUCACCAAUAUCGAAAUCGAUAUCAUCUGGCACGCCUGCACCAACAGCGUUGAGGCAGAGUUCCUCAAGGCCUCAAUCGGCAUUCUCACCGAUCUCUGCCGAUUCUUGGACCUUGAUCAGCUGUUAUACUUGGCGAAGAAGUUUACAGUCACUCCACCAUCGAAGUUGAGUCAAGACGCCGUCGAAUCGCUGACCGACGUUUUCCACAAGAUCGACCUGAAAAGCGAUCGCAGCAUGGACCAGGAGAGACGUUUAGCGACGGCUUUUGUCAGUAGCGAUAUCCUUCUGCGCAUUGACUCUGCAGAUAGAAGCCCAUGCAUACUGCAGCUCCGUGAGACAGCGGUGCAAGAGUUGAAGAAGUUCACACAACGUGAUUUCUCCACCAGCGACCGUCUCAAGAUCUACGAGCGCUGUGUGCCCAACAUUGCCAAGGGCAAUCGUCAAGCCACGGCAAGCAUUGACAUUUUAGCACUCUUCCUACAGAACGUCUUCGGUCCUGAGGAAAGUGCAGCGCUUUUGGACAGCUUGGAUGUCACUAUGCUUGUUGAAGAGCUUGGUAGGUACCUUGCGGACCAGAAGGAAUCUGCAAAUGCAGAUCCAGAGUACAUCUUGCGCGGAAUCGCGUCACGCAUUGACGUGAUUUUGCGACUAAUGGCAAUCUGCGAACAGAAAGUGGACGACCAGACCAUGCAAAAUCUUUUUCGAUAUGCGCUCGGCGACUUGGCUCUCAGCAACGUUGCCCGAGAUUACACCUGGACUACGCUCAGCGCCGCACGAUCUAAGCUAGCUUUGAAAGAAGUCGCUGAGCAUUUACUGAAUCGCUUCCUCACGGUUGAGGCUACAUCUUUACCUGGACGUUUCAUCACACCGGGACUUGUGCAACUCUUUGCCACCUCCUUGUACCAGGAUGCCGCUCGAGGGUCUUUUUCGGAGGACUUCUCCUCGGUGCUGGACACAGUGGUUUGGCGCAAGCUAUUGGAGACGGCUGAGAGCACACCGACUUCGGCCGUGACCAAAUUGGCUGCUGAUCGUAUCAUGGCGAUCUUGUUCAAUUAUCCUCAGCAAGAGCCUGCCCUACGUACGGCUGCAAAGUGCCAUGCCAAAUUCGCUCGCCGCCAAUUAGAUUGCAUUUUUGCCGACCUGGGCGGAGCGAAUAUCAACGUGGACGAUGAAGGUCGCGUUGUGCAACAAAUCACAUUGCUUCACUCAAUCACGAUGGCAAGCAAACACAAUGCCUCGAAGUUCUCGCCACCUAAUGAACCUGAGAUCUGCCUCGCGCCCGAUGACGAAGAGGCGCUUCGAUCAACUAUCCAGAUAUAUGGGAGUGGGCAGAGCCAUCCGAGGAUUUGCUAUCUUCAAACGAGCAAAGACACACUGCUUUCAGAGCUAGCAAAUGCUCUCCCAAGCAUCACUGGCGCAGCAGAGAACCGCGUGAUUGUUGGUGGCAAGAUCCUCGACGUUGUCAAAGAUGCAGACAUGAUCUUGUGGGAUAAGGGUAUUGAGCAAUUAGGUGUGAUUUCAGUCUGCCCAAGACACUCAAUUCACAGCGAUCUUGCAAAGGUAUUGACGCCGAUAGGCACUGUUGAGUACGAAGUCUUGUCGAGAUACGAUGAGAUCGAAAAGCUCCUCGAUGGACCUGAUCACAUUGCACAAAAGGUAAAACUCCUGACUUGGCUCCCAGAUCUUUUCCUUCCUGGACAAUAUGACGCCGCCGCCCCAAGCUCGACAUCGGAACUAUGUCCUCCUGAUCGUCUAUGGAGGAGCAUAUACUACCUUCAUGUCAUGUACCGACAUUUGAUGGACUUCGCGAACAUUGGUGUUGUGGACGGAUCGUACAUUGCGCGAGCUGUUGUCUUGCUCAGUGACAUCUUGUGUGAUGACAGCAGGCCGAUACAGCUGGAUCUGCACCUUCGGUGCAUGGACUUCCUGACAGCUUUCUUGCAGGGUAAAUGUUGGUUAACCCCCCAUCUAGAGCGUCCACUGGAAUCUACUGAUUCCACGAUCAUCGAAUGCCCGGCCCAACUCAUAUCACGCAUUAUUGCCCUGUGCUACGAAGCUACCGAGCGACCAAUCGAAGACUUGACGGCACGCCGACUCCUCACUGAGCGUGGUUUCAAGCUCUUACAACAAGUCCUGCGCCGCCAACCAUCAGCUUGGCCCUACUUCAUGAAUGAUGGUCGAAUCAUCAGUCUUCAUGCUAGACUCAUUUUUGAUCAGGACGCUAUCCUGGCGACUACCAUCAUGAACAUGAUCGACAAUUUCUGCAAAGACGUCGUUUCGCCAGCAGAAGUUGCAGACUUCUUCUUCCAGACCGUUCUGAAGCUAAUGCGGACGGCACUUACGAGACCUGACCGGGCCGAGCUGUUCUUCGAGAUGACCAAGGAUCUUCUGCUUCAAAACCAAGCUCUGGGUGAAGAUGAAGCGAAAGCUCGCGAUCUUACAACGUCUCUGGUCGCCAUUCUAGCGGAUUACCAUCAUUUUGAGGUUGUUGAUUUCCCUGUACUGGACACAGUCAUGGCUGGGCUUGUGCUGCUUCUGACCGAAGCUGUGAGUCUUCUGAGGAGCUUCAAGAAGCCUAUCAACCUGCCUGGACUUUGCGCAAGACUUUACGUCACUCUCCUUUUCCCAGCACAAAACGGAAGCAGCGCCAAUCCUCUCGUACAUCCAGAUACCCGCGCUCUCGUGCUGAAGCUCGUUAGGCUGACCUGCGAGAACCAAGACGAUUUCGCAAGCCUGCUUGAAGCCACCAUCGGGCCUCUUCGGUCAUUGCCCAACGAGCCACGCAACAGAUACCCUGGUCGUUUGCAAUGGAUCCGUCCGGUCACUGAAUGCAGUGGUCUGUCCAACCUCGGCAUGACCUGCUACAUGAACUCGCUUCUGCAGCAGCUCUUCGCCAAUGUACAUUUCCGCCGAUUCUUGUUCCGAAUUCCGAUCGUCAACGCAGAAAAGCAAGAGCUUCUUCGUUGCGUACAGGAUCUCUUUGCUCGAAUGCAGGAUUCUGCUGACCUAGCGAUCGAUACUACUGAACUCGCUAAAGUGCUCGGAAUCCAGACUGAUAGCCAGGAAGAUGUUCAUGGAUUCUAUGCAGACUUCUUGAGUCGCCUGGAAUCUAACAUGCCGGACGACCAAUCGAGAUUGGCACUAGGGCAAUUUUACACCGGCAAGCUCAUCACGCAAAUCAAAGGAGAAUGCGGCCACGUCUCUCCCCGAACGGAGCCAUUUGUCGAUUUGCCAAUUGUGGUGAAGAACAAGAGCAGCCUCCAUGAGAGCCUGCAGGAGUUCGUACAGGGCGAGCCGAUGGAAGGCGCGAAUCAAUACAAAUGCUCCAAGUGCGACGAGACCAAUGGAGGUCGUCUGGUCAACGCCAUGAGACGAUCAUGCCCCGAGCAAAUGCCCGACAACCUCACUUUCUGUCUGAAGCGGUUUACCUUUGAGGCAAUGUUGGGCACCGAGGGUAAGGUCAAUGACCGCUUCGUGUUCCCUCAGUCCAUCGACAUGUCGCGCUACUGCAGUGCUCAUCUCGAUGAUCCGGCAGCUCCUAUGAAGGAAGACAUCUUUGAGCUAGUCGGGGUCAUUGUACACCAGGGCACUCUCCAACUCGGUCACUACUGGUCGUAUACCUUGUUGCGAAACACCUCAGAUCCAACCUCACGUGUCUGGGUUAAGCUCGAAGACCGCACAGCCACUACCUGCGUCGAAGGAAUUGACGAAGUGCAGCGUGAGUGCUUUGGCGGUACACGUUAUUCUAAUGGGAACGAGCGUGUCGACAACGCGUAUGUGCUGUUCUACCAGCGGAAAGCGUCCCUGGAAGAACAGCUGACUGAAGUUGGACCUGCCUUGGAUCCUGUGUCAAAGCUCCUUAUACCUGCUAAGGUGAGCAUUCCACAGCUGGUGAAGCCUGCAGUCCGUGCGCACAAUGCUUGGACAAACAAUUUGGCGCAACUUUUUGAUGACGAAUUUCACAUGUUCGCGAAGUGGCUGCUGGAGACAUACAAGAUAUAUCGCAACCCAUCUUCUGCCCAUCCGAGCGAGAGUUCUGAGAGCGGCGAGUCACCUAUGAGCACUUCGGGUGAAGACACCAACCACGAAUCUGGGGACAUCUUGGCGAAGUCAGUGAGCAGCGUCUUCAUGGGUUACUUGGCAAGAGUCGCCGUUUGCGAUCCAACUCCUGUCAAGAAAACGACUUUCUGCACAAGCUCCUUGAGCGCGCUCAUGGCAGAAGAACCAGCUUUCGCGAUGCAUCUCUUGGAUGAACUCUGUCAGGACCCGAGCUGGCUGCUAUCGAUCAUGUACAAUGACAACAAGGACGUGCGAUCUCGAACGGUAGAUUUCUUCCUGAAAUGCAUGGUCAUCCUUCGCGAGCAAGACGCUGCGCAUUAUGUCGAGAUCUUUGCUUGCUUCAGACAAGCCCUUUCGGUUCCACUUGCUCCAGGCUAUUACAUUGGUCAUAUCUAUCUCGAAGACUACCUCAGAUGUGUCGCUUGUUUAGCACACCUGGGUCGCCAAGAGGCGAUGUCGAUCUUGGAAGACGGAUACUUCGCAUGGGCUCUUGGACUACUGGAGAUGCCUUGGACCAUCUCGGGCAAAAAGAAGUACCCGAAGUUCCAUGACUGGUUCAAGAAGAGUUAUGCACGAGUCGCAGCACCAUACGACUUCAUAGUCGCGAUGCUGAAGGACCAUGUCGACAUUACUUCCCUGGAUCAGCCCAGUCAUGACAGCGGUCGGCGUGAGACCAGCGACAGCGGCGUGCUUCUCCGAGACCAUGAAGUCGAAGCUUUGCUUAGCGGUGCUGUGAUCAAGGGAUUGCCGAAAGUUCCUUUUUGGAUGCGCACAAGCAGCCUUGCCGACACUAUCAAUGGCUGGACCGAGUCAUCUCCGGGUAAGCUUUUCGGGUACCUGAUGUCGAACAAAGUGGACGCAAGGUUGCACAGGGUUUUGGGGGAUGCGCUUUUGAAGCACCUUGAGGAUGAGGAAGACUCACUGCCGUCACUACUGCAUCUCGUCCUCAACUGCUGUCACUACUCCGAAAGCCAGGAGUUGGUACGUGGCGUGUGGCAGAAGCUUGUCCAAGUGAUACUCCUGUGGGACAACUGCGAAGGCGAGUUUCUGCAAGUGAUCCACGACGCAUUCGAGAUGAUCCCCGUCAAUGUCGUCUCCACUAUGGAUAUCUGGCUCAUGAAGUACCUGCUGAACAAGGCACCCACAAUCCGCGACCAGACCCAAAAGUGGCUUGGAGAAGACGUUUUCAAGCAGCAGACCUUUGGCAAGAACUUUGACGAGUUGGACGGCAUGGGCGUCCGCCCGGAGCAGGCACGCAAGCUCGUCAAGACUCAUUGGCCCAUGUUGGAGAGCGCAUUCAUGGAGCGUAAGAUGCGGAACCGUUUCGAGAGUGCGAUUCGUGCGUUGCAGCACGUCGAACACUACUUGCGUGCCUUGCGUGCGGAGGUCAAGGCACGUCUUUCGAGCGAGGAUGCGGAUCCCGAUGUGAAGAAGACGGUCACGAGCGCUCUCCGCACGGAAUACGACGAGAGCCAUGCCGUCAUGCAGACUCUCGAGCGAAUGGCACAGGUACUGCCACAGUGGCAGCGCGAACCUACUGUGCCCAUCAUCUCGAAUGCGACCCAAUCUAUCGAAAUUGAAUCCGACGAAGAAAUGGAGAGCGAUGACGAUGCAUACACUAGCGAUGGCAACGGCGGGAGCUCAUACAACGCGUUUUGGGGAGCAAAUUUUGUACUUUUCUUAAUCAAGUUCUCUUGGGAUCGGAAAAUCGAGAGGCUACUAAAGCGAAGCGAUGCAUUACAGUAUAGAUAUCAUCACGACAGGAAAAUCACGUACUAG